AUUCUCUCAGGACUGACAGAUCGUACGGAGCUGCAGGUCCCCCUGUUUGUGUUGUUCCUACUGAUUUAUGUUGUCACCCUGGUAGGUAAUGGGGGGAUGAUCUUAUUAAUCAUGAUUGAUCCCCGACUCCACACCCCCAUGUACUUUUUCCUCGGUAAUUUGUCUUUCUGUGAUUUCUGCUAUUCCACAGUAAUUUCCCCCAAGAUGCUGCUGGAUUUCUUAGCCGAGAGGAAAAGCAUUUUUCGCACUUCCUGUGCUGUGCAAAUGUAUCUCAGUGGCUUAUUUUCGAAUGGUCAGUGUCUUUUGCUAGUUGUGAUGGCCUAUGACCGUUAUGUGGCCAUCUGUAACCCGCUGCUUUAUACGGUCACGAUAUCCAGGCAGCGCUGUGACCAGCUAGUGGCUGGGGUGUGCGCUGUGGGGUUGGUGGAUGCAAUGAUAGUAACGUGUUGUACCUUCCGCCUCUCAUUCUGCCGCUCCAACAUCAUCAGGCAUUUCUUCUGUGAAAUGGCCCCACUGCUGGCACUCUCCUGCUCUGACACCCGCAUCAGUGACAUUGUGCUGUUGGCUUCCACGUGUUACAUUCUAAUACUCAGUGUUGUGAUCAUUCUCCUCUCCUAUGUCUGCAUCAUCUCCACCAUCUUACGGAUCCGCUCUGCCGAGGGUCGGUGCAAAGCCUUCUCCACCUGUGCUUGCCACUUGAUCACAGUGGGAAUAUUCUAUUUCACUCUCCUUUUCAUGUAUUUCCAAACAACCUACAGCUCUUCCACAGACACCGACAAAAUUGCCUCCGUGUUUUACUCACUGGUGAUCCCCAUGUUGAACCCCCUCAUCUACAGCCUGAGGAACAGGGAGGUGAAGGAUGCCCUGAGGAAAGCCAUGAAGAAACUCCUAACUAGUCCCUGAAACUGUUCAUCUUUGGGCUGGUUGAAUGAUGGGGAGUGGAAACAGUUGAAUUCAGUUCCCCGCCCAGAGCGAUAUAAUUUCAC